AGUCCCAGCAUAUCCACCGCGGUCCCAGCCCAUGCUAGCGAUACAGUUUUCUCCCUCCCGUGUGAGGUUGACCCGCACUAUCUGAACGAUAUCUCCCUCUGAACUGACGUGCACCAGUAGCGCUGCAGUUGGUAUCUAGACACGGCCUCUUCUCAAGACCCAGAGGCGGCCGUGAGAGUGAGACCGUGUCUCAUGCUGCAGCGGUUGAAGAGCAACGGCGUCUUAAAUGUUAGCUUGUUAGCAUCAGCUACCUGGAUGCUGUAAAGGACCGAGACCGAGCUAACAACACAGGUCCAUGAUGUCGGAGCUUUUUAUGGAGUGUGUUGAGGAGGAGCUGGAGCCAUGGCAGAAACAAGUUCCCGAAGUACAAUUGAUUGAUGAUGAUGACGACGACGACGAACCCAUCUUCGUUGGAGUGCUCUCUAACAAGGAUGAUAAGCCUACCCCUCCACCACCUCAGAGGAGCAUUGCAGCGAAACAAGAAAUAAAGCUCCUUGCUCCGAAGCCUGCCAUUGGCUCCCAGCCAGUAAUGCUGCCAUUGAGUGUGACUGCAAAGGCAGUGAAUACUGCAGCAUCCAAUCUGACAACAGGGACCCCACAGCCUGUUAUUGUCAAUAAUCAGGGCUUCAUUGUAACUUCCCCCCAAUUAGCGAACAACAGUGAGUUUAUUGCCUCUCUUGGGAGCCACUACCCUCCUGGGACUUCAUUUACAAUUGUACCAGCUGGUCAGCAGCAUCUUUUUCAGCAGGUCACCUCAGCGGCAGUAAUGCCCCGUGCCGUCCACAGGCCUCAGGUGCAGCAAAUCAGCAACAAUGUUGUGACGUUGUCCAACGUGCAGAGUCCUGCCGUUUACUCCGCGCAAUCCCAAAAGAUUCACCUCAACCCGUCCAUCCCACAACCCGUGCAGACCUUUUCCAUGCCUGUGAAGUCCACUAACAACAACAACAUCAACAAUGACCAAAGUUCAGUCAAACGGGUGUUACCACCACAGCAAAUAGACAACGCAACAAAAAGAGCCAAGAUUGAUCCGGGGACGCAAAAAAUAACAGUUUCAGUGGAAAACGGGAUUUUAAAGAAAAAGUGCCUUAAGUGUCAAGAAGAAUUCCUCACACAAGAAGCCCUGAAAUUCCACACGGUGAGCUGCGCUGCAGUUGUGGAAAGUACAGCUCGAUCAGCCUUGAAUACCGGCGCAAACAAGCGCAUCAUGCUGGUCUCAGAGUUCUACUACGGUCGCUUUGAGGGAGAUGGGAACAAAAAGAACCUGCAAAAGCCCAACACCACCUUCAAGUGCCAGAGUUGUUUAAAGGUUCUCAAGAACAACAUCAGGUUCAUGAACCACAUGAAGCACCACCUGGAGCUGGAAAAGCAAAACAGCGAGAGCUGGGAAAGCCACACAACUUGCCAGCAUUGCUAUCGACAGUACAUGACUCCUUUCCAGCUGCAGUGCCACAUCGAGAGUGCUCACAGCCCGAUCGAAUCCUCAACCAACUGCAAGAUAUGUGAGCUGGCAUUUGAGUCCGAGCAAGUUCUCCUAGAACACAUGAAGGACAACCACAAGCCCGGAGAGAUGCCCUACGUCUGCCAGGUCUGCAAUUACAGGUCCUCUUUCUUCUCAGAAGUGGGGACACAUUUCCGAAGUGUCCAUGAAAACACAAAAGAGUUGCUUUGUCCCUUCUGUCUGAAAGUUCUUAGAAGUGGUCAUAUAUAUAUGCAACACUACAUGAAACAUCAGAAAAAAGGGAUCCAUCGCUGUGGAAAAUGCAGACUGAAUUUCCUCACCUACAAGGAAAGAGUGGAGCACAGGACUCACUACCAUAAGACUUUUAGAAAACCUAAAGCACUGGAAGGCCUUCCCCCGGGGACAAAGGUGACCAUUCGAGCCUCACUCACAGCAAAGACUUCCACACUGCAGACCUCCCCCGAUCAAUCUGGCAUUAUUGUUGGUACAGAAGCUGCGAGUUUCAACCAGCAAACCAAACUUCCAGUCAGUGCGUCGAGGGCCAAGUCGAACGUCUCAGGAGCAGGAAAAGCCAAAAUGACCCAGAGCAAGAAGCAGACCGCCCGGACCACCAAACACAAUCUGGCGCUCAGGAAUGUCAGAGUUGAAGGAGGAUCGUACACGUGCGUCGAGUGCAACACACCAGUCAACGACUUCUUUUCUCAUUUCCCAAUGUUUUCAAAUUGUGGUGCGUGCAAAUAUCGGACAAGUUGCAAAGUCUCCAUUGGGAAUCACAUGAUUAGAUUUCAUAGUACCAUAACCAAAAACAGAUUCUUGAAAAUGAAUCAUAAGAAAAAUUCCUCUGCAUUAAAGUUAACCUUGGUCUGUCUGAACUGUGACCUGCUGGUGGACGGAUCAGGCGGUGACCUGAUGACCAGACAUUUAACUGAUAGACCAAAUCACAUAUGCAAAGUCAUUCAGGAGAAAGCAGAUAUGAAAGCCAAAGAUCGAGUGCAACUCUUCUUGAGGCAACCUGCAAAAGUCUCGUACUUCUUGACAACGGCGCCUGCUCACAAACCGAAGGAAAAGAACUCCCAACAAGAGGAAGGCUUCGCAUCCGGAAGCCUUUCUGUCGCCCCGGACGACCGACCAGAGGCACGGCCGACCUCGCCAGAAGCCGAACAGGAACGGAGUGCCACAGAAACAGCCGUCAUCGAAGGUUCCUCUGAAGGCUGCUCGAAGCAGUUGUUGCUCCCCGCGGGAUCGCCUUCCUGUACGCCAGUUUUAGGUGUCAUUGACGGGUGGGUGGGUGUCUCUGAGAGCGUUGAUGUCAGAGAGCAGGUCCCUCAGCACGAGACAGGGGAACAACAAACUAAGUCAGAAUGAACCAGAAAACACCCACAGCUUCAUCAUCGGUUCUUCCACAAACCUCCAACGUGUUGUUUUGGCUCUGUGUAUUUAUAACUAAUCCCCGAGAGCAUCACCUGUGUGUGACAAGUGGAAUACAACAACCGGUAGAACUGUAUUUUAUCAAAGAUUUUUUUUAAAUUCUGUAAAACUUCCAUUACCCGAUUCCGAAGGGUUUUUGUAUUCAUGAAUACAAAUGCAUCCGCUAAAGUCUCUCAGUUUCCCUACAAAGAGGUUGUAUAGUCAUACUUUAAUGAAAUGAAAUUACUGUGGCCCAUUUUGUACUUCUUAAAAGAUUCAAAAAUGUUUGACACAAAGAGGAAAGUAUUCUACUCUGAAUUUUUUAUUUGCUUGGCUGAGAAAGAUUAACACUUCAUUUGUUCCCAUUUGAGAUUUUAUCAUAAUCUUGAUUUUGAAUAUUUUUUUACUUGUUUUCCCUUUAGAGAAGUAUUUUAUUUUUCUAGUUUCCCUUAAUCUGUGGUUUGUUUUUGUGUAAGAACAGAGAAUUUCACUGACUUGUCUAAUAUUGUUUACAGAAAAGUCUAUAUAAUGAUGUACUACUCAAAAGUUUGGACACUUUCAAAGUGUGUCCAAACUUUUGAGUAGUACUGUAUCUCAACAAAUGGAAAGUCCCCUGUACUAUUACAAACAAUUUAGGAUAUGUAUACAUAAUAUAAGCAUUAGAUUGUAUCCUCCAGAAAAUUGUCAGAUGUGGAAAAUGUGUUGACACGGUUAUGAUAGGAAAUAUCAGCAGAUAUUUGUGGGGUGAGCAGAAUAUUAUAUGUAUACCAUUGUGUUCAAUUAAUGUUCUUUAACAGUGCAGAAAGUGCAAGUUUGUAAAAAUAAAAACACGUAACAUUGGUGGGAGGUACUCAGCCCCACACUCCAAUGUUAAUUCUAUAGGUUUUUAAUGAGGGUUUUCACUGGUGUAGUACCAAUAGAGCAGGUCUGUAAUUGCAUCAAUAUAUAUGUUGUCACAAAAAAUGUAAGCUCUGAUUUGAAUACAUAACGAUAUUGUGAUCACCCUAGGACACAUUUUCCUAUCAAAAAAGUACUGGGUUUGGGUCAGUGUUUUCAUGUAGUGUAAAUAAAGCUUUAUUACAAGGUACAA